AUGGCUGACUUCACAUCAAAUUUGCAGAGCUUUGAACCUUCAAUAUCUUUCCUAGAUGCUGAUCCAAGCAUGGGACUUAUCAACCAGUUUCCAGAGCUAAACCAAAUUGUUAUAGAGAGCUCAAACUUAAGUUUCCAGAGCUUCAUGAGUUUUUCCAAUGACAAUCUCUUUACCAAACAAUUAUCCGAUUUCUCAGGAAACUUAGAAGAAAAUUUCCCAUGCAUUUUCCAUCAUGAUGACAAAAAUGACAUACCUGUUUCUGGUCACUUUGUCUCUGGAGGUGAUUUUCAAGAGAGCAAGAAGAGAAAAGCUAUAGAUGCAUCAGAAAGUAGUUCUGGAUACUCUACUCCUCCAGCUUCGGAGAAUGGAAUUACAAGGCAAAAUGUUAGAAGGGGAAAAAUUAAUGAGAGACUUAGGUGCUUGAAAGAUAUUGUUCCAGGUUGCUACAAGACUAUGGGCAUGGCAGUAAUGUUGGAUGAGAUUAUUAAUUAUGUCCAUUCCUUGCAAAAUCAAGUUGAGUUUCUUUCUAUGAAACUUACUGCAGCAAGCAAUUUUUAUGGCUUCAAUUCGGAGAGAGAUGCAAUAGAAACAUUGCAGCUGGCAAAGGCAUACGAGGCACAGAAGGUGCAGAGAAUAGUGAGAGGAGGGUAUGAAGGACUUGCUUCCACUCAACUUGGCUUGUUUGACCUCAGUUUUGGCUGCUGUCCCUCGUUGCCACACAACACAUGA